CAAGGGUGACAUGCGCACUGCGCGGAACGCGCUCUCAAGCCUCGGGACGCACAGCGCGAUUCCCGAUGUCUCGCCGUCGUCCAAUGAAGCCUUUGUGACCUGUCCCAUCGGGGAAGCGGUCUCCAAGCUACUUUCCACAGGCGCCAAGGAGAGAAGAAUGUAACUGAAACUGAAAAAAAGUCCCAAAGACACGAUUCGACCCCUCCCUGCACAACCAUACACAGAGGGGCCCGAUGGAAAUGAUGGAUGCUCAGCUGGCCUUGGAGGCCGUGGAGAGACUGCAAGCCAAGCUGAAGGAGCGAGGAGAGGCCCCCACGCAGGAGAAACUCUCCCUGCUGAAGACGGUCCUGCAGAGCCCCCUGUUCCAUAAUAUACUCAGCUUACAGCAAGCUCAGCGGAAGCCCCCGGCGAAGGGAAAGAUUGCAAAGUCCGUGUCCAUGAAUUGUGGCCCUUGCCAGGGUGUGGCGGUGGACGCGAAGGCGCUGAGCCACAGCGACUCCUACACAUGGGCCAUGGAGGACCGGGGGCCCAUCAACGCCAGAUCCGUUCACAGGAUCUCCUCCCUGGACUCGCUGGAUCUGUCCUUCUCAGACAUCUACCCAGACAACUGCGUUCCCACUGAAUCACAGUACUGCACCCCACCUCGAAUCUCCCGCACCAUGUCGAUGGGGCGAAACCUGUCUGCCAUCGCUCACGAGAGGCGUCAUGUGGAGAUGAUAGAGCUGAUUAACGAUGGGAAAGGGCUCGGUUUCGGCAUCAUAGGAGGACGGAGUACAGGUGUCAUGGUGAAGACCAUACUUCCUGGUGGCGCUGCUGGAAGGGAUAAGCGCCUGCGUAGCAGCGAUCAGAUCCUGCGCAUCGGAGACACGGAUCUGGCGGGCAUGAACAGCGAACAGGUGGCACAGGUGCUGCGGAAUGCUGGUACCAAGGUGAAACUGCUUAUUGCCAGGGAUGUUGCCACGGACAACCACCUUUCCUCUCGUGCUCUCAGCCAGGACAGCUUGGACAGAAAGCACAAUGACCUGAGGGACGAAUGUGAGUUCAGCGUGCAGUUCACUAAGAACAGCCGGGGCCUGGGAUUCACCAUUUCCAGCUACAUAGGUGACCUAAACUCAGUCUACAGCGCCGGUGUGACAGUGAAGAGCAUAGUGAAAGGCAGCUCCGUGGAUCAAGAUGGACGCAUCAACAUCGGAGACAUCAUCUUAUCUGUGGACGGGGCGAGUCUGCAGGGCUGCAGCGAGCAGCGCGCCCUGGAGGUGCUGAGGAGGACGGGCCCCCUGGUCCGACUGAGGCUGCUGAGGAAGGUUGUCCGCCUGAGUCACAUCCUGCCCCCGGUCCCUCCGCUGCACCCUCUGCGACACUCCCACAGCUUCCACGAGGGCAACCCCUACCGACUGGGCCUCAACAGGAUCCAAGAGACAGGAAUCUGCUCCCUGCGUGAAAUCUCCCGGCGAGCGGCCUGCGCCAACGGACGCCCCAGACACAGUUACAUAAACGGUGUGAAACUGACUCCGGCUGAGGAAGAGGACCUUAGAAAGAGGUGGCAGAAUGCAGUCGGACAGCGAUAUGAAGUCAUGGUGUGUCAGCUGGAGCGUUUCAGUGAUACAAGUGGUCUCGGCAUCAGUCUGGAGGCGCGGGCGGGACAUCACUACCUGUGCUCCGUAUUACCUGAGGGCCCCGUUGGCCAAAGCGGCAAGAUCUUUACUGGAGACCAGAUACUGGAGGUGAAUGGCAUCCCUCUCAUUGGAGAGUCACAUAAGGAGGUGGUCAAUAUUCUGAAGGAGCUGCCGAAGUACGUCUGCCUCGUGUGCUCCCACGUUGUACCCCCCACAAUUCCCGACAGUGAUGGGGAAGAGGAGGACGACGUCAAUCUCACCCUGAAAGAGCUGCUGGCUGAGUUCAACGACAAGUUGGACCAGGGUUGUGUCCUCCCCUGUCCCACGGCUGAGGACAUCACCAAGCGCGGCGUGCCCCCAAUGUCUCCUCCUUUGGCAAUGUGGGAGCGAGAUGCUCAGGUGGUCGAGCUGGAGAAAGGCGAGUCGGGAUUGGGCUUCAGCAUCCUGGACUACCAGGAUCCUGAAGAUGCCACCAAAACCGUUCUGGUAAUCCGGUCCUUGGUGCCCGGAGGUGUGGCAGAUCAAGAUGGCCGCCUGCUGCCCGGCGACCGACUCAUGUUCGUCAACGAGAAUAACUUGGAAGGCUCCAGCCUGGAUUACGCCGUGUACGUCCUGAAGUCCACCGGCUACGGCCCUGUCCACAUCGGAGUUGCCAAACCUCUGCCGCUGGAACUGUGCGGCGGCUUGACGCCCAUUUCAGAGAGGAGCCUCCAGGCUUCCUGCGAUGACAACCCCUCUGAGGUCAGCCUGCUAGACGAGGCGACGGAGGCCAACAGCAACACCUGCAACUCCGAGGACAACAGCAUCGUCCAGCCGCCUUACACUCCAACGGAGAACCAGCCGCAGCAUCGUUUCCACAACAUGGAGGACGACUACAGGCAGCGGGCGCCACCUCUGCCCCCGCGCACCAGCUUUGAGAGGACAAUCACUGUUGUCCGGGGCAACCGUAGCCUUGGGAUGUCGGUGAGCGCUAUCAAGGACGGCUCAGGCAUGCUGGUGCGCAGCGUGGUCCAGGGGGGCUCUGUCAGCCAGGAUGGCAGGCUGGGGGUGGGGGACGCCAUCUUGGCCAACGGCGAGCCGACCGCCAAUCUGACCAACGCCAGGGCCAGAGCGGCGCUCGCAGACACUCGUCGUAGGGCCCGAGAUCAGCAACACUGUACGAGCCUCAGGGGUGGGGGGCCCAGAGGGACCCCUCGAGGCAUCUCCAACUCUGCCUUGUUCAAUAAUGCAAAUCGUCCCCCCCCCCCCCCCCCCCAGGUGCCUUCGCCGAUAUGCCACCGUGCGGGGAGGAGGAGCCCCGCGAGCGCCGCGCCGCCGGCUGACAGCGGGAGCGACGCCGCCAGGAACAGGAUGCUGCAGCGGUACGGCGGCCUGCCCGGGAGGCUGCACAUGAUCGAGCUGGAGAAGGACGCGGCGGCCCGCGGCCUGGGCAUCGGCCUCUCCUACAAUCAGGGCGGCUCCAGGGCCCGCAUGAGCGUCCACGUGGCCGACAUAGACCCCCGGGGGCCCGCCGGUCUGGACGGGAGGAUACGGGUCGGGGACGAGCUGCUGGAGAUCAACGGGCAGAUCUUGUACGGCCGGAGUCACCAGAACGCCUCGGACAUCAUCAGCAACGCUCCGUCUAGAGUCCAGGUCGUCCUCAUCAGGGACAAAGCGGCUGUGGGUGAGACGGACGCAGCAGAGUGCGGGACAUUAUACACAGGCGUCCAGCACGCCGUCCCACCCCAGGAUCACAUAGGUCUCGGCCAAGAGUCCAAGGACGGGCCCGUGUCCCGGUCCCUGAUCCAGCCCGGCACUGCCAGUAAGGAUGGCAGGAGAGAUGCUGGAGACACAAUACGAGCCGUGGGUGAUCAACCUGUGGCAGGCCUGCCAGGGGCCAAGGUGUCCAGUUUGAUUGGGGAACAGCGGGUCACUGUCGACCUCUCCAACAGUCCCUCCUCCUCCUCCUCCUCCCCCUCCUCUUCUUUGCCACUUUCUCGUCCCAGCUCUCUCACUCCCACGUCCCUCCCCCUCCCCUCCCCUCCACCACCGCUCGGCGCCGCGCAGACCUCUCCCGCCGGGCGCUCUGAUUGUCUGGGAUCGGCCCCCGUAAUGUCGGACCCCCUCCUUUGCCCGGUUGUGGCAGGAGAGGAAUCCACCAUAGAGUUUUGCAAAGGAAACGUGGGCCUUGGCCUCAGCAUCGUCGGAGGAUGUGACUCCCUGCUGGGGGCAGUAAUAGUCCACGAGGUAACCGAUGGAGGAGCAGCACAGAGAGACGGGAGGCUGCAGGCUGGGGACCACAUACUGGAGGUGAACGGCAUAGACCUGCGGCAGGCCACCCACGACGAGGCCAUCGGCGUGCUGCGGCUCACAACCCGGCGCGUCCGCCUCUGCGUCUUCAGGCACCAGGAGGCCUACAGGGAGGAGGACCUGUGGGACGUCUUCAGCCUGGAGCUGUGGCCUCGUCCCGGAGAGGGCCCGGGCUUCUCCACUGUGGGGAAGAGUAAUGACACGGGCAUCUUUGUGUCAGAUCUCAUCAGAGGAGGCGUAGCCGAUUCGGAUGGCAGGUUGCUGCCAGGCGACCAGAUUCUGUCAAUCAACGGGGACGAUGUCCGCGCGGCAUCGCAGGCACACGUGCAGAGGCUGCUACAGGGAUGCAGAGGAGCGCUCCACCUGGAGGUGGCUCGUUUUAAAGCGGGGCUGCAGUACUCCCAGCAGAGCCAGAGCGAGGACUCGGACUGCUCCACCCUGACGCAGUCCAGCGGCUGUGACGCUUCGCCUGGCCACCAGAGGGAGACAGACACCAGGACGGGGAACUACUCGUUUCAAGAGUAUUCCGACGCCAAACACGUUGUAAUGCAAAAGGGUCCAUGUGACUCCCUGGGCAUCAGUGUUGCAGGAGGAGCGGGCAGUCCCCAUGACAACGUGCCUCUUUUUAUUGCUACCAUGGAUACCGAUGGACUGGCUGCCAAGACGCAUCAAUUACAGGCUGGAGACAGGAUCCUCAGUAUCAAUGAUGUGUCCACGGAGGGAAUGACUCGCGUCCAGGCUGGAGCCCUGCUGCAGAGCGCCACCGGAACCAUCCGUCUGCAGGUGGCAGCCGCUUCUAGUGGACGCAGCACAAUGGACCACGCUGACGAGCACGCGCCGUCGUCAGGGCAACCCAGCGGCCUGCCCCGCUUUCACAACAACCCCUGCGCUGGCGCGUAUCGGACCGUCGCUCUGCAGAGGGGCUCCUCGGGCCUGGGCUUCAGCAUCGUCGGGGGCUUCGGCAGCCCUCACGGAGACCUGCCCAUCUACAUCAAAACCAUCUUCAGCAAGGGGGCGGCCGUGGAGGACGGCAGGCUGAAGCGCGGGGACCAGAUCGUCGCCGUGAACGGACACUGCCUGGAGGGCGCGACCCACUGCGAGGCCGUGGACAUCCUGAAGAAGAAGACGAGUGGGACGGUGGUGCUGACGGUGCUCUCCUGAGGGACCUCGCCGCGUUCCCUCAGUUCGCCUCGCACCGGCAAGGCCGCCAACUUCUGUGGAUUUGGUUGGAAAAUCACAAGAGGAGCAGAGAGUGUUCCUCUGAAGUUACAACAACACCUCUAACUGGGUGUGUUCCCGUGAAGGUAUUAUGUAGAGCUAAUGUGUUUGUGUGAUCAUGAAUAUACCUCCAUUAAUAAAGCCGGAUACAUUUAAUGUAACCAUAGGCACCAGAGGCUGCUAUGAAAUAAGCUAACUGCCGGUUUAAUGUUGUCCUAGUUGUUCGGUACAUGGUCCUUAUGAUAUGAGCAUGCAUUGAAUAUGUAGAUCAUUGGCCCAUGUGAAUAAAGAAGCGUCCUGGAAAAGCUCUGACCUUUGCGACCUUUGCAUCGAGGCGCAGUGUCACGCGGAUUCUCACAUGCCAAGUGCUUCUGCCAAUCUUUUGUACGGCAAUGGGCUGUCAGGACGUUUUUCUCUUUUUAUACCUGUCAUACCCGUCUUCUGAUCCAUCUUCUGCUAAAUCGUUACUUAUGGUCCAUACUGAAGACGACUGUUCUUUCUGUUAGGGAGGAUCUCCACGUAACCUCGUCCCUGUUUUUUAUAUGAUUCAAUGCGUUCUGUGAUAUUUAUGUUCUCACUUACAUUGUGUUUCUUGAUGUCGUUCAUGUCAGUGGCCCCUAGAGUUGGGUGACAGACCGUGUUUCGGAGGUGGGGUUGGCGUCUUGUCACUUUGUGUUAACUGAAUGUACUGCGAGUGAUCUUAUUAAAG